UCUCUCUCUCUCUCUCUCACUCAACGCUCGCCUUCUUCUUCUUCUUCUUCUUUGAAGCCUAUCACUGUUACGAGCACCGGUUGCGUGCAUCCGAUAUGGGGAGGUCCCCGUGCUGUGAGAAGGCUCACACCAACAAGGGAGCAUGGACCAAGGAAGAGGACCAGAAGCUGAUCGCGUACAUCAAAGCCCAUGGUGAAGGCUGCUGGAGAUCGCUCCCCAGCGCUGCAGGUUUGCUCAGAUGUGGCAAGAGCUGCCGGCUCAGGUGGAUAAACUAUCUCCGACCUGAUCUCAAGCGCGGCAAUUUUACGGAGGAGGAAGAUGCGCUCAUCAUCAAACUCCAUGGAUUGCUUGGGAACAAGUGGUCUCUGAUAGCUGGGCGAUUACCCGGGAGGACGGACAACGAGAUCAAGAACUACUGGAACACCCACAUCAAACGAAAGCUGCUCAGCCGAGGCAUCGACCCUCAGACCCACCGGCCGACCACCGGCGCCGCCACCCUCACCGCUCCACAACGGCAAGGCGUCUUCAUUCCUAUCACCGUGCCACGAGACACGGCCGUCUCAGACUCCGCCGACGACGGCCGCAUGAGCAGCGACGCGAGCCAUGACGAGGACCGCGACCGCUGCCUCGACCUCGACCUCUCCAUGAGCCUGCUGCCUCAUCGCUCCCCGAAACAGUCUCCUCCUUCGGAGUCUCCAACAACGUCCACCGCAGCAGCAACACCAUCCACGAGCAGCUACACCGGAGGCAUAUGCCUGUGCUGCCAUCUCGGAUUCCAAAGCUGUGGGGCUUGCAGUGGCCAACCCAUCCCGAAUCCAUGUGUCUUCAGAUACUUCAGACCAUUGGAAGAAGGGCAAGGCAUAGAUUAGCGAAGCUUGUAUCUGAAACUGUGAUCUUAUUUGCCCGAAGGAACAAGGAAAGGCUCAUGUAGUGAUUGGUAAUCAUCCCAUUAUAAUGCAGAUGUAGCUGUGAGCGGUCACAAUGUUCAGAUUCUUAAGUACUUUACUGGCAAUAAAAAAUGAAGAUUAAUGGUCACAAGGGCCGAGUGAGGGAAAGGUAGGAAGGGUCGUCGUUGUGAGAGUCAGGUUUCCUGGUUCUGUUGUAGCAUAUGAUGUGAAGCCUUCUGCCGCACACAGGCGUGAAGAGAACAUGCCAAGUUUCUCAAGUGUUGAGGGUAGCUAACCAAAGCAGCAAUUAAUGAAGGAAGAGGGAUUUGUCGUGCGUUCUCUGUUGAGAAGAUAAUAAUGGUCAAACCCACAAUUAUGGUGCUAAUCCAUCCUUAAUUAGUGAGAUGGGGUUAGUUUUUAUC